CGGCCCGGCCCGGCCCGGCCCAGCGCGGCGAGCGGCGGCUCUCGGGCGUCGCCUGGCUCCGGCGGCCUGGGCACCGCGGGGAGAGUGAAUGAGAGUUUGCUCCGAUUUACGAGCAGGAGACUCCAACCGUCAUGUUAAGGUAAAGCAGAAAAGUGCAGUGCUGAACAUGCUAAAGAAGCUGGACAAAAUAAGGUUCAGAGGUCACAAGAGAGAUGAGUUCCUUGAUUUAGCAGAGUCUCCAAAUGCUUCUGACACUGAAUGUGGAGAUGAAAUCCCGGUGAAAAUACCUCGAACGUCAACUCGAGACAAUGAAGAGCUGAGAGACCCUGCUGGUCCAGGGACCAUCAUCAUGGCUUCUGGAGUCCAAGAUUUUAACAGAACGGAGUCUGACAGACUGAAUGAGAUCAAAGGUCACCUGGAAAUAGCCUUACUGGAAAAACACUUUUUACAGGAAGAGCUCAGGAAGCUGAGAGAAGAAACAAACGCUGAAAUGUUAAGGCAGGAGCUAGAAAAGGAACGGCAGAGGAGAUUAGAACUAGAACAAAAAGUCAAUGAAGUACUUAAAGCAAGGACAGAAGAGGUGCCAGCAGCUCAGCAACCUGCAAAGCCACAGACACAAGCCAAUGGAACAGAUAAGCGUAGUCACACAGUCUGUUCGAGACUCCAGAAGUGGUUUUGUGACAAAUUUGGGGAGUAUGUUGAGGACUUCAGAUUUCAGCCAGAAGAGAAUACAGUGGAAACAGAAGAGCCUCUUAGUGUUAGAAGGUUGACUGAAAAUAUGAGAAGGUUAAAGAGAGGUGCCAAACCUGUUACUAAUUUUGUGAAGAAUCUUUCUGCCUUAUCAGACUGGUAUUCUAUCUACACUUCUGCUAUUGCCUUUAUUAUUUACAUGAAUGCUGUAUGGCAUGGCUGGGCCAUUCCUAUGUUCUUAUUUUUAGCAAUUUUGAGGUUGUCCCUAAAUUACCUCAUAGCCAGGGGUUGGAGAAUACAGUGGAGCAUUGUGCCUGAAAUUUCUGAACCCAUGGAACCCCCAAAAGAGGACCUGACCGUGUCUGAAAAGUUUCAGCUUGUUCUAGAUGUGGCUCAGAAGGCGCAGAACCUUUUUGGCAAGAUGGCAGACAUACUGGAAAAAAUCAAAAACUUGUUCAUGUGGGUCCAGCCAGAAAUAACACAGAAACUCUACAUUACUCUAUGGGCAGCUUUUAUUGCAUCCUGCUUUUUGCCCUACAGGAUUAUUGGGCUUGCAAUGGGACUCUAUGCUGGAAUCAAGUUUUUCCUCAUUGAUUUUAUCUUCAAACGAUGCCCUAGACUAAGAGCUAAGUAUGAUACUCCUUAUAUCAUCUGGACAAGUCUCCCAACAGAUCCUCAGCUCAAAGAUAGAUCAAAUGCUACAGUAUCAAGACGGCUUCAGACAGCAGCUUCCAGAAGUUAUGUGGGCUCAAGCGCCCCAACCGGAAUAAGCAAAGAUGAAGACACAAGUCGUUUCCAUACCACCAAGAGGGGGAAUUUCCAUGAAGUUUUUAACCUGUCAGAAAAUGAGCGUCCUUUGGCAGUGUGUGAAAAUGGCUGGCGCUGUUGCUUGAUUAACAGAGAUAGGAAGAUGCCUACAGAUUACAUCAGGAAUGGAGUUCUUUAUGUCACAGAAAAUUACUUGUGCUUUGAAAGCUCCAAAUCUGGCUCAUCUAAGAGAAAUAAAGUUAUAAAGCUAACGGAUAUAACAGAUAUUCAGAAGUAUAAAGUGCUCUCUGUUCUCCCGGGAUCAGGGAUGGGUAUUGCUGUAUCAACACCGUCUACACAAAAACCUUUGGUAUUUGGUGCCAUGGUACACAGAGAUGAAGCAUUUGAGACAAUUUUCAACCAAUAUGUGAAAAUAACCUCUGCAUCAUCAAGCAGCGAGAGCUAGUAUCUUAUCUUAGAAGAUCUAAAGGAAACUUUCUUAUUUUACAACUUGGUAGUGAAAAAACUGAACAUCCUCAUCUAUUGUGCAAUAAUUUUUCUUGUCUGGUCGUUUAUAUUCUAUCUGUUACAUAAAUCAACUGUAUUUUAUAUAUGCCUUCAUGUUUGUUUUUAAGGUUUUUGUAAAAAAAAGAACAAAAAACAAAAUGAAACAAAACAGUGGAAGUGCUAUCAUCACUAUUAGCCUUGCACAUUAAGCACUUUUAAUGUUUAUUUACUGACAUUAAAAGCUGAGAAGAUGCAUGGAGAAAUGAUUAGAUAACAAAAUGAAGCAGAUCGAUCCCUUUAACUCCACUCAUAUCCAUAGGGAUAUAUUUGUCCUUUUAUCCUAAUUAUUUUUAACCUGAGAUGUGAGAAUGAUGACUGCAGCAGCCUUUCUUCAAGAGUUUUCAGUUGAGUAUUUACUAAAACUGAGAGCAACACCAAGGAAGUAUCAGCUUCUUAGUAUUUCUGUAUUUAUAACUGUGUUUAAAAUAACACCUUACUGCUAAUUCUCACAUCACAGAUAUUUUACUUAUUUGGUUAGGUUCAGUUUUUCCUACACACAGAAUUUUGAAUUGCUUGUAAAGUGAAUUGGAGGAGAAAGUUUGUAAGUGUAUCUUCCUUUCCUAGUUAACCAAAGUAAGGGGAAGGAAGGCAGGCAGAUACUUUUUAUAAAAGAGGGCACCAAAAUGUUGUUCCUAAAAUGUUUAGGCAUCAUAUAUUUGUAUUUCUGUAGAUACUUGUCAUAGAAGGGCUGAACUAUUGUACAUGUUGUAUGUACAAGGUGUUUGUAUGUUAAUGCAUUGAAGACUUGCAGGCUUUUUGUGGUGGGGGAGGUGGGAAUAAUUAAGAGAGAUAACUUUUAAUUUAGCUUUUCUCUGGAGUUAGCUUGUAAUAAAACCCCCACUAUAAUAUAGCAGCUGAAAGCAUAAAUUCCUUUUCAAAGCAUAAUUUUAGGGGCAUUGCUAUGUUGCCAUCUUUCCCCUUGCAGAAUUAGAUUUCCAUAACAAUUAAAGCCAACUGCAAGGUAAAACACAAAGGCUGUGCUUCUCCAAACUCUCUCAGGCCUGUCUAGCAGCAAAGCACACAUUGACCUUUGUCUUUAAUAUUAGAAAGCUUUUAUACUCUAUAUAAUAGCACCCAUCUGAGAGGUUUAGAAUUUUAUUAGCAUUUUCACGAAAGCACAGUAGGAGUUAAUGCCAAGCCUUCCUGUAUAUCUAUUCCUUUGCUGUGUCGUUUGAGUUGAGGUAUGGAUGCCUUCAGACAUUAUAUGAAUGUCCCCAGAAAAGCAGUGGAGAUGCAAAUUCUUACGUGAAAAUGGGACUUAAUUUCAUGGAUAUUUUUUUUCUCUCUUCCUUUUUUUUCCUUCAAAUGGGGAUUUUCUUUCUUUAUAGGGAAAGGGGUCAAAUGAAGGAGGGAGAGGGAAGACAAACACCAAAGGGUGUUCAACUCUUAGCACAAUUUCUAAUGAAAGUCUUUCAACAAAUACAGCAGCAAUGAAGGUGGCAGUCAAACUGCACAAACCUUAUUUCAGUCUGGCCACGGAGAAGUAUGACAUGAAGAACUUAAUAUGAACUUGAUGUGAAUAAAUAUUGUUGAAUAUUGUGAUUUGCUUGGGUAAAGUGAAACACUGGUGGGUGAAACUGCCCUGGGUGGAAACGUAGACAAGAAUGGGUGAGAAUCCACCAUAAUGUCUAUUUUUGAGUUCUCACUCUAAAGCAGCACUUGAACACGUCUUUACAUGUCCUGAAAAAGGGGUGCAUUUCUAACACCUCCUUAGGUAUGGUGUAACUUAGGACUUGAAAACAAAAUAUUAGUGAAGCUGGUGGGGAAUCUAUUUUUGCCACCAUAUAAUAUGGAUGUAGCUUGACAGUUUAUAGUUUAUUCACUUUACACAUUCAGGUCUUACGUUUAAGUAACAAUUCUUGAUCUUAAUUUUUUUUCUCAUCAAACCUAAUUUAAAAUCAGUUAAUCUCUUUUUGUAAUUGCUGUGUAUUACCAUUUGGGUUUCCUUUCUAGAAGCUUCAUUGAAUAGUAAGUGUGGCUAACAAAUAGGCAUUAAAAUCGCUUAAUGUUAUAUAAAUCUUAAUCAGAUUCAUUCAUUUUGUCUUAAGAAAAAAAAUCCCUUGGGUGUGUUCAAGGUUGUCCUUUUUUUGAAGAAACAGAAGACUAUAUUUUUUACAGAGAGCAUGCUCUUUUUCUUAUUUUUGUAUCAUUUUUCAAGUGUAAUUUCUACCUUCACUCUGAUCAUAACAGUAGUUUCAGUAGGAAAUCAGUUGGUUUGCACUUAUUACCUCCUCCCCCUCCCACCCUUCACUGGCUGACCCUAGUAUAUAGGGUUGUCCUAGAUUCUGGUUCCCGGAGGAGCUAUAGGUCCUGUGCUGUUGAUGCCAGGACAAUUAACCAUACCCAGGCUUCAGAGGGGGGAGGAAAAAAAUAAUGAUGCUUUUCCCAGACUGGAAUGCCUCAUGUACAAUAUGUUCUUCAAUGGAUUCUUUUUCUAGGCAAAGUAAUUAGAAACUUCUGAUGAAAUCUGAUGUGUUGAUGUUUGAAAUUAAUCCACACGUCAACAGUGUGAACUUAAAAGUUGGUGAUUCUCAAAGCAGUAAACCUAGUGCAAACUGCAAUGCAAUGUUGUUUCAUUCUAAUCUAUUGAAAACAGGCUGGGUUUUUUGUUUUUUAAUGAAGUUGUAAUAUAACUGACAAACAUCAAUGUACAUAUUUUGCAAUGUUCACUUUACACUGGGCUGUCCAGCUUCCUGCUCCAUAACUGCUCCUGUGGCAUACAUAAUUCAGAGACUAGAAGGUAACCUCGGUGUGUUUACUCAUACUUUUCUUCCUGCUAAGCCCUCCCAGGUUUGGAGGGCAGGCAGGAAUGAGCAGUGAGUAAAUAUCUACUUGGCUUGUGUAAUUACACUGAAAGCUGUCACCUCAAAUUCCAAUCUCCCUGCAUAGUUUUGCUGUAUAGCCAGCCUGCUGUACUUCAGUAACAGGCUGGGUCAUACCACUUAAUGUAAAGUGCUUCUAAUAGCAGAAAGUGGUGUUCUUGUCACUGUCUGUCUGUUUGCUGUUUAUAUUUGCAGUUCUGUUGAUUCCUGUGGUUCAUUGCUGGAUCAUUCACAUCUAAUUGGAUUUAACUUCUUUAGAAGUGCAUUGGUUAGUUUGAGUCCCUUUUAAAGAGAAGAGGAGAAAAAAGGGAGAUGAAAACUGACUGCUUUAAAUCUUUAUUGGUGACCACUUAAAUUCAAAAGUCACAAACAGCUGAAAUAUGAAAUCAUGCCUUUCUGUGCGCUGUAGCUUUUGUGAGGCAAGAUUGAAUGAAACGAGCUAUUUAUUUAGUAGCAACAUCACACAGGAUGCCAGCAGAAAACCCUACCCUUGUUCCUGCAGAAAAAGAGAAAAGAGGUUUUCCCCAAUCAUGAGGAGAUGAAAGGAUGUACUUUUUUUUUCAGCUACUUACACUUGUAUUAAAACCACUGGUAGUUUUUAUUGAAUUCUGUACAUUUUGGCAGAUGUUUAAUUUCUACUAAUCAUUGAAAUAGAAUGGAUGUUAAAAUUUUUAUGUCUGAAGUUCAAGUCUAUAUUUUGAAGUUGUAAAUAAUUCAUUAUCAGUGUAACUUUUGUUUGACAAAAGACUUAUACUGUAUGAAGAAUUGAAAUAAUGAAAUUAUUUGCCCUGUACAUUUUUUAAGAAAAUCUUGUUUGUUUAAAAAGUCUUGUAUAAAUUAUAAUUUUUAUUUAAAUAAACCUAAAAAUGCUUUGUGCUAA